AUGAAGCUCAUCGCCUUUGCAACUCUGGCAUGCUUGGCUGCAAGUACCAAUGCUGCAGUCAUUAGGAGGCAAAGUGGCCAACAACCGACCUUUGAGAAUGGGGAGCCUAUCAAUGCCAACGGCAGCCGAGGGGCACCAAUAUCAGGUGGAACAAAUCACGAGCUGGACUUGCAGAACCCUGAUGGUCUCGGACGUCAAAGUACCGAUAGUGGAACUGUACCCAACUUGAAAUGGUCAUUCUCUCUGUCCAGGACUCGUAUCUUUCCAGGCGGCUGGACACGCACUCAGGUCAUUCAAGACUUACCGCAAAGCCAUGAUAUUGCUGCCGCUCAGCAACAUCUACAUCAAGGCGCAAUCCGAGAGCUUCAUUGGCAUAAAGUUGCAGAAUGGGGCUUCGUGUACACUGGACGAGUCCUCGUGUCUGCGGUGGAUGAAAAUGGACAGUACCAAGUCGAAGAGCUAGGUUACGGAGAUAUCUGGUACUUUCCGAAAGGCCAAGCACAUACCAUUCAGGGUCUUGACACGGAGAACGAAUACCUGUUGACUUUCGAUGAGGGUAAUUUUGACGCAGUUGGCGUGACGUUUAAUCUCGGUGAUUGGGUCGCCCACACACCCAAGUCGGUCCUUGCGAAGAACUUCGGCCUUAAUCAAUCGGUAUUCGAUACCAUUCCUCAAGUCGACCCCUACAUUUCGCAGUCGAAAGUCAGUAACCGUACCGAUGUGACUGGCGGAGCAGGCCCAUUGACGGGAAAUGCUUCCUAUGUCUACCGAACGUUCCAGCAUAGUCCCGAGUCAGUGCCGGGCAAUGGUGGUACAUUCUACAAAAUCGACUCGACGAAUUUUCCGAUCUCCAAGACCAUUGCCGCAACCUUUGUGACGCUGAAACCCGGUGGCCUUCGAGAGCUUCAUUGGCACCCUACCAGUGAGGAGUGGCUCUACUUCCACAGCGGGACUGGAAGAGCGACAGUGUUUAUUGGCAAUGCAAAUGCCAGAACAUUCGAUUUCUCAGCUGGUGAUACCGCAGUUUUUCCAGACAACAGUGGACAUUACAUUGAGAACACCUCAAAUACAGAAGACUUAGUGUGGAUAGAAAUAUACAAAGCCGACCGAGUGGCAGACAUUCCACUGGCCCAGUGGCUCGCCCUGACGCCGGCGGACAUUGUAGCGAGCAUCUUGAAGAUCCCCAUUGAUGUGGUCACACAGAUCAAGAAAGAAAAGCAACUACUGAUCGCCGGACCAUCUAAUUGA